GCUCGUAAAAGCAAAAGAUGUCGGAGCACAAAAUAGAAAUCCUGAUACACAAAUUCAAUGGUAAAAAAUGGCCCUUUUUUCUUUUGUCAACUCUAUUUUUCUUUUUUUUUAUAUAUAUAUAUCAAUGUACGAAGAACCGCCACCGUUGCCUUUCCCUUCUUUAAACAUGCUCAAGGGACAAGUAAAAGACAUAAUAAGCAUGCAACGGAACCCCACAACUCCGGAUGUAGAAUUUAAAUUUUUCUGCCCCUCAGCUACAAGCCCUACUGGCUCCAAAAAACCUAAAGCAAGUAAAAAAUCCUGUGAUGUUUGCAAGAAGAAGAAGAUAAAAUGUGACAACAACAAUAUGGAUAAUGAGCCAUGUGAAAGGAAAGGCAAUUGCCCCUGUAUCUAUCAUAAAGAAUUAGAGGACGACACUAUGAGCGGAUCAACUAGGAAAGAAAUCAUGCCAUCAAAUACUGUAGUCCGCAAACCAAGUUUAUUAUAUAGUGGGCACUAUGUCGGAGAGACAUCCUUUUGUGCUUAUGCCGAUCUUUUCAAGGAUCAUAGAUCUGUCAUAAGAGAGGAACAUCAGUUUCCAGCUAUAAAUGCACCACCAUCGGUACCAUCCUUAAGCAUGAAUGAUCAACUUUAUUUAUUAGAUAUUUAUUAUGCAAACAUUAACCCAUACUAUCCUUUACUAAAUAAAAAGGAAAUGGCAGACCAGCUCUACUUGAUCAAUCACCAUGAACCCACCUAUCUAUCACCUUUAUUCUUUUAUGCUCUUUUUGCUCGAGCAUCAAGCUUUGCGCAGGACCGAUUCAAUGACGAGGGCAAGUCCUUUGAACAGAUUGGAAACGAGUGUCUACAAUAUGCCAUCUAUCUACGACCAUUUUACCAGGAUCUGCCGAGGGUUAGUACAGUGUUGGCUUUGGUAAUCUUGGCUAACCACAUGGAACAAACAAAAUUACCAGAGAACCUGACACAAGCAUGGCUUUGGUCCGGAGAAGCGUUCCGCCUAUCGCUCGAUUUGGGAAUUCACCGGUCCAUGAUAUCCGUUGAGGAAGACAUGCAUGGCCAACUCUGUAUUAGAGCUUUCUGGCUUGCUUUUAUAACAGACUGUACAAUUAGUAUGGCCUAUGGCCGCCCAUGCUCAACAGAAGAGAAGGUCUUGUAGUGAUGUUUCUCCACCUUCAAAAUCUAUUCAUGAUGACGAGUCUGUUACCGAAUGGGUAGAGGGCCUUAACACAACGAUAUCACUCUGCAAGAUUGCUGCACGCGUAAUUAAAUUUAAUUAUAGCCCUCCGCCUCCUUUCGAAAUGCCAAG